CUGCCAUGAACAAAACUUCUACCCAGACAUCUCACGGUCUCAAACUUACCGAGGUGACCAGAUGGGAGCUUUGCGAUUUUGUGUUUGAGCUGUACUGCGUGUUUCUCGGCCCGAUGUCAGACGUUUCACACUGCAUGCUGGGACCAUCACGCCGACCAACACACAGCGGUAAAACUCGGAAAACAACCUCGCAGAGCCAGGCAGACGAUUUUAAGGCAAACGUUUACCCAGGAGGGUCAUGCCACAGUGGCUAGAUGGUAACUACCUCGCCUGGUUCACAGGUGGUGGUGGGUUUGACAUUUGGAAUGUGCAUCUCUCUCCCCGGGUUCCCCCUCCACGUCCACCGAGCUGCUGGCUGCGCAGCGGCCACGCGGCCUGCGGGAGCUGCCCCACGAUCGGCCCCGACAGCUCCCGAACAGCGCCACGUGACAGCCACGCGGCAGCCACGCGGCACGGCCUCGAGAAGGCGACUCGACGACCACCACAGAGGCGCGUCUCCUCCGCCAGUCGCUCUGCCGCGUGCGGCGCUCGUCGGAGACGUCGGCUCCGCGCGCUCUCCGAGGGGCAUCAUCGCCUGAGAUCGUCAAUUUGCCGCGAGCGAUGGGUGACGAGGGAGCGAUGCAGGUCGCAGCUGAUGAUGGGCGAUCCGUGGCCCGUCACGCUAACCGCUGCGCCACCACUCCCCGAUCUGGAGCGACUCAGUCUGGAAUGUGACUGCCAAACCCAAACCUCGCGCCUACAACACCUGGCACGCCCCAAGGUGGCGGGGUCACCCAUCCAAGUCGUAACCAGGCUCAACAUCCGUCGAGCUUUCGAGAUCCGUCAAGAUCGGGCACGUCCAUCGUGAUGUUACUCGUCACGCGUGUGCCGAACAUAGUGGACAGCGCCACGCGCUGCGGAGAUUCUCGCCGAGAGGAGCGGCGCAGCGCUCACGUGGGGACUCCAGGGGGCGCUCGGCGCCACGCUCACCACCACCAGCACCACCAUCACCACCACCACCACGCUCACCACCACCACCACCCCAUGGCGCUUCCCACGAGAGCGCGACUCUACUCAGGGGCUGGGCGACUCGCGGGGGUUAAU